UGCCUGCUUGCCCUUUGCGGAUAUCGAGUCCAGCAUCGAUUCGGGUCCUUUAAAGGUCGCAGCGCGCCUUCGAUUCCCGGUACACACGCUACAGCAAUGGCGUCUCUCAGAUCUCUGUGCAGGGCACCUCUGAGCCAGCUCGCUCGCCGCACAGCUGCCACAAACCACAUAAUAAUACUGCAGCGCCAAUGGCGGGGAUACGCGACCUCGCUGGAGGCCCAGCAGAAGGUGCUCUCCCAGGACCUCGAGGAUGCCGACCCGGCCGUUUUCAAGAUCAUCGAGCAGGAGAAGAAGCGCCAGAAGCACUUCAUUAACUUGAUUCCUUCUGAGAACUUCACAUCGCAAGCUGUUCUCGAUGCGCUUGGUAGUGUUAUGCAGAACAAGUACUCGGAGGGGUACCCGGGCCAGCGAUACUAUGGAGGAAACGAGUACAUUGACCAGGCAGAGCGUCUCUGCCAGGAGCGUGCGCUCAAGGCCUUCAACCUCAGCCCCGAGGAAUGGGGUGUGAACGUCCAGCCCCUCUCCGGGUCUCCUGCCAACCUCUAUGCCUACUCCGCCGUCAUGAACGUCCACGACCGCAUUCUCGCCCUCGAUCUGCCUCACGGCGGCCACCUGUCGCACGGCUACCAAAUCCCCGGCAAGAAGAUCUCCGCUAUCUCGAAGUACUUCGAGACCCUCCCGUACAGGCUGAACGAGAAGACCGGAUUUAUCGACUAUGAGAAGAUGACUGAGCUUGCACACCUCUACCGGCCCAAGGUCAUUGUGGCCGGUACAUCGGCGUACAGCCGCUUGAUCGAGUACGAGCGCAUGCGCAAGCUCGCCGAUGAAGUUGGCGCAUAUCUCCUCUCUGAUAUGGCUCACAUCUCAGGUCUUGUCGCUGCCGGUGUCAUCCCCUCGCCAUUUCCCUACUCAGACAUCGUCACUACAACAACCCAUAAGUCGCUGCGUGGCCCACGAGGCGCCAUGAUCUUCUUCCGCAAGGGCGUAAGGCGCACCGACAAGAAGGGCAACAAGGAAAUGUACGAUCUUGAGGGACCCAUUAAUUCCUCGGUUUUUCCUGGUCACCAGGGAGGACCUCACAACCACACCAUCACAGCUCUUGCUGUUGCGCUCCAGCAAGCGCAGAGCAACGAGUUCAAGGAAUACCAGCAGCAGGUUCUUGAGAACGCUCAGGCGUUUGCCAAGCGUCUUGGUGAUUCGAAGGAAAACGGCGGUUUGGGCUACAACCUGGUCAGCGGUGGCACAGACAACCACCUCGUGCUUGUUGACCUGAAGGACCGCGGUGUCGACGGUGCGCGAGUCGAGCGCGUUCUUGAGCUUGUUGGCGUUGCGUCGAACAAGAACACUGUUCCUGGCGACAAGUCAGCCCUCAAGCCCGGAGGUCUGCGCAUGGGUACACCUGCGAUGACCACUCGUGGCUUCCAGCCCGAGGACUUCAAGCGUGUCGCUGACGUUGUUCACCGUGCUGUUGGUAUCACACAGAAGCUAGACAAGGACGCGAAGAAGAAGGCCGAAGAGACUGGCCGGAAGAACCCCGGCAGCGUUGCUGCUUUCAAGGAGUACGUCGGCGAGGGCAACGACAUCACUGACAUUCUGGAGCUGAGGAAAGAAGUCGAGGACUGGACAGGUACAUUCGCGCUGCCCUGGAACAAGGACACUUGAAUGUUUGCAUGCAGGAGAAACGACUGACGCUGCAUUGAUUGAAUCAAAAUAGCACUCCAUAUAGCAGACUCUGGAGUUUGGCGAUACCACCUAGUUUGUACAUAGGACAUCUUAUUCAUUGUUACUUUGCAUCUACUGGCACAAUGGCAAGUUGCGCG